AAUAUUAUUGGGCACCUGCCAUGUGUCAGGCACUUUGAAAAAGGCUGACAAGGCCUUUGCUCUUUGGCAACUUAUUUUUCUAAGGGGGGAAGCAGGAAAUAAAUAAACAUAUAAGGCAUUUUAAGUUUCUAGUAAAUACAAUGAAGAGAUAAAAUGAGGUGAGGUGAUAAUGAAGGGGUGCAAUCCAAAAAAAAAAGGUGAUGUAAAAGGCCUCAGGUGCUGUGGAGGUGAUGCAGGUGCCAAAAGGUCCAGAGGAACUGAGUCACCAGGGGAGUGCCAGGGUGCAGUGAGGGAUGUGGGGGUAGGGGAUAUGUCAGAAAAGAAGAGCAAGUACAUGGGGAGUGUGCCGACAGGAGGGCUAGUUCCAGCGGCCCCUUGAAGGUGACAAAGUCAGAGUGUCAGAGGAUGGAUGACCUUGGGUUACCCUUUAGGUCAUGACCAACAUAUCAACAGGUCAACGGUCUGACCCUCAGGGGCUCAGAUGCAACAUUACCAACCACAAGCCCAUCUCCAUCCCACCAAAUCUGCUGCUUCUGACUUGCCAGUUUUGAGAGUGGAGUCACCCUUCUUGUCUGAGACGGAGGACUGAAACAUCCAACAAGAAUGGAAGGGCUCACACUCCCAGUCCCUCCUGCCCUACUGCUUCACAGCUUCCCCAUCUUUCUUAUCCUUCCUCCAGCAAGUCACCCCCACCUCCUCACCUCCCCCCACCCAGACUCCUCUCCACUGCCCUCCGUGCCAUAGGGAGCUCCUGGUCCAAGGAGAAAAUGGAAGACUCUGGAAGAGAGUGUGGCCUUGCUUUGGGGGUAGGGAAUGAACGCUCCCCUGGGAUGACAGGGGCAGGGGUGAGGGCUAUGCAGGCCUCACUUCCUUGCAUCAUCUCCCCUAGGGUGGAUGCCUUCUGAGCCCUGCCUGCUCCCCCAGGUCUCCUUCCUUUAUUCUCUGCCUGGGCCCCGGAUGCCCCCCGGAGUGAUUUGCUAACUCUGGACACCCAUGGCUUGUUCAGUCCACCUGGCCUGUGAGCCAUAUUAAGGGCAAUUAUCCUAAAAGCAACAGGAAACCUUAGAGGCAACCCUAGCAGGAACUGGAAAUGGUCACACUAAGGUGCUGGGAUCUGAUGGGUAAGAUGAGGGAGGAGGAAGAGAAGGAGGUGUAAUCAGAGCCUGGUCAUCUGUCCACCUGCAGGCUUGUCUCUGCCAAAGCCUCUUGCACUGAAUGGCCUGUGGGACAGGGUCUUUGUCCCCAAGAAUUCCAGGUGGAGGUAAGAACCAGCUGGGAGGAUUUUGUGACCUCCCACUCCCAGUGCCUGGCUCUUCCCCUUGGGCCCCAGAAGUGGGAGGGUGCUCCAGCAGUGUAGCUGACAAUUAAAUACCAAGUGAUUUUGAGGAAGCAGUUGAUACAUCCACACAGGCCCCAUGAUGCUGGAGAUGCUGUUGCUGCCUUACCCCCUGCUGGGGCUGCUCCUGCUGACCCUGCUGGGGGCCGCCCUGCUGGGGGCCGCCCUGCUGCGGGCCGCCCUGCUUUCCAGGCAGCGUGCUCCAGCACGGAACAAGAUCCCCAGGGCACAGAGGCGCAGGGAGGUGGCGUUGCAGCAGAUGGCAGCCCUGGCACAGCGUCUCCGGGAGCAGGAGCCAGGCCUGGACCCCAAGCCCAUCCUGGAGUUGCCCCUGGUGGAGCUGGCUCAGAAGUUGCAGGCGGAAGAGCUGAGUCUGGAGAGUGUCCUCUGUAGCUACUUAGAGGAGGCGCUGAAGGUGCACCAGGAGGUGAACUGCCUGACAGAUUUCCUGGAAGAAUGUGAGGAACAACUGCAGGCAUUGAAGAAGCUCAAGAAGAGUGAGAGAGGCCUUCUCUAUGGGGUCCCCAUGAGUCUCAAGGACCCCUAUGACUGCAUGGGCCAUGACUCUACGUGUGGCCUGGCACAGUUCCUGGAGAAGCCAGCGGCCAAGGACGGAGUCCUUGUGAAAGUGCUGAAGGCCCAGGGGGCUAUUCCCUUCGUUAAGACCAACAUCCCCCAGACACUGCUCAGCUAUGACUGCAGCAACCCCAUCUAUGGACAGACCCGGAAUCCUUUGAACUUAAGGAAGACCCCUGGAGGGUCUUCGGGGGGUGAAGGAGCUCUGCUGAGUAAAGGGGGUUCCAUCCUGGGCAUGGGCACCGACACAGGGGGCAGCAUCCGCGUGCCAUCCAGCUUUUGUGGUGUCUAUGGCCUCCGGACCUCAAGAAGCCGCCUCAGUUACACAGGAAUUGCCUCUGCUGUGAAGGGCAAGAAAUCAGUGGCCACCGUGGCUGGCCCCCUGGCCCGGGAUGUGGACAGCCUGGUGUUGUGCCUGCGAGCCCUGCUGAGUGAAGACAUGCACCAGCUGGACCCCACUGUGCCUUUCAUGCCCUUCAGGGAGGAGAUAUACUCCAACACCCGGCCCCUUCGAAUUGGCUACUAUGAAUCAGAUGGCUUCUCUCAACCAUCUCCUAGCAUGGCCAGGGCUGUGAGGCUCACCUGCAGACUGCUCCAGGAUGCAGGACAUGAGGUCAUUCCCUUCUCCAUCCCCCGGAUAGAGUACGCCAUACAAGAGCUCUACAGAAGGGGUGUGUUUGCCGAUGGAGGGGCCACCCUUCUCGAGAAGCUUGAGGGAGACAUUGUGGACCCCUCCAUGAAGGCAUUAGUCACGCAGCUCCGCCUGCCAGACCUGCUGAAGUGCAUCUUGGCCAGGAUCCUGAAGUACAUAGAGCCCCGAACUGCCCAGGAUUUGGAAAUGAUUCGUGGAGUGAAGACACCCAAGAAACUGUGGGAGCAGCACACAGCAGUGGAGGAAUAUCAGCAAGAGUUCAUAGCCAAGUGGAGGUCCUUGGACCUGGAUGUGCUGCUGUCACCAGCUCUGGGCCCUGCCUUCUAUAUAGGCUAUCCUGCCAAAGCAGCAGCCAGCAGUUCUUACCACAGCCUGUACAAUAUGUUGGACUUCCCUGCUGGCGUGGUGCCCGUCACCACUGUGACACUACAGGACGAGGAGGAACUGGCCUUCUACAAGGGAUACUACGGAGAUAGUAAUGACAGAAACUUCAAGGAGGCGGUGGAAGGAUCCGUGGGGCUCCCAGUGGCUGUGCAGUGCAUCGCUUUGCCAUGGGAAGAGGAACUCUGUCUUCGGUUCAUGAAGGAGGUGGAAACCUUGACCAAGAACCAGAGAGAACCCAGAUGACAAGCCAUUUCUUUUGGAGAUCUUCCUACAUCCUUAUCCAAGUCUGUUCCCAAUGCUGCUUCCUUCUCAUGAGUACCAUAUCCACCUCCUAUCUCCUCCGGAAAGCCCACCAUAUUCCUUUUCUUUGCAGUUUUUUCUGUCCUUGUAGGUGC